GAAAGCGUUUGAGGUAGCGAUUUUUGGUGGGUAGAGCUGGUCGUAGAUCAGCUUUUCAAUAAUAUCCGGGACUCUCGUGUGACAGUCAGCUGAUAUAGUAUUAGGUGUGUUUCUAUAUAUUUUUUCCCCCUCAGUACAGUACUCCAGAUAGAUCUAGUUGCAAUUAGAUUUGGUGAUUUAACAAUAGUCUAAAACCAACCGGUAAGAACUGGUAUUUGGUUUGAAAAAUGGCAGCACACCCGCCAAAGACAAAGAUUCUGAUAAGUGCAAAUAAAAGGUUGCAAAACCUGAAAGAGGCCUUCGAGAAAAAGUAUGGAGAAGCACCUCUUUUUUAUGCACGAGCUCCCGGAAGAGUCAAUCUAAUAGGAGAACACAUUGACUACUGUGGUUAUGCUGUGCUCCCAAUGGCUAUUGAGCAGAGUAUUCUGGCUGCGGUCACUGUCAACGAUUCCAAGAAAAUCUACCUGGCCAACACAGAACCUAAAUACAAGGACUUUACAGUCUCUUCAGAAGAUAUUGAGAUAGACAAGGACAAUCCUCAGUGGUACUAUUACUUUCUCUGUGGAGUGAAAGGGAUUCAGGAGCACCUAGGGAAGGUUCCUCUGUCUGGGAUGAAGUGUGUUGUGGACGGGACCAUCCCAGCUAGCUCAGGCCUGUCCAGCUCCAGUGCCCUGGUCUGCUGUGCUGCGCUCCUCACUAUGGAGGUUAACCACAAGUCCCUCAACAAGGUGGCGCUGGCAGAGAUUUCAGCCAAGUGUGAGCGCUACAUUGGCACUGAGGGUGGGGGCAUGGACCAAUCCAUCUCAUUCCUGGCAGAGGAAGGAACUGCCAAGCUGAUUGAGUUCCACCCUCUGAGGGCGUCUGACGUACGUCUCCCUGAGGGAGCAGUGUUUGUUAUCUCUAACUGCUGCGUUGAGAUGAACAAGGCUGCUACCUCUCACUUCAACAUCCGGGUGGUCGAGUGUCGGAUAGCCACCAAGAUGUUGGCGAAGGCUCGGGGGCUGGAGUGGGGCCGGCUGCUGAAGCUGUCCCAGGUGCAGACAGAGCUGGAGGCCUCUCUGGAGGAGAUGCUGCGGCUGGUGGCUGAGGUGCUGCACCCUGAGCCCUACAGCAGAGAGGAGGUCUGCAAGGCCCUGGGAAUCACCACAGAACAGCUCUGUACAGACCUCCUUAGCCCCAACACACAGGACGUGGCCCAGUUCAAGCUGUACCAGAGGGCCAGGCAUGUAUACGGCGAGGCGGCACGGGUCCUGCGGUUCAAGAGCGUGUGUGAUGAAGCUCCCUCCGCACCAAACGGCGUGCAGCGUCUAGGAGACCUGAUGAAGCAGAGCCACGCCAGCUGCAGAGACCUGUACGAGUGCAGCUGUCCAGAACUGGACCAGCUGGUAGAGAUAUGUCUGCAGUCUGGUGCGGUGGGAUCCCGGCUGACCGGAGCAGGCUGGGGGGGCUGUGCUGUCUCCAUGGUUCCCACUGACAAGGUGGAGUCUUUCCUAAAGAGCGUCAGAGAGUUGUACUACACGGCAGACCCACGCAGAGCCGAGCUAGAGAAACACAGUCUGUUUGUCACCAAGCCUGGUGGAGGGGCGGCCAUCUUCCUUGAAGACUGAAGUCAAAAAAUGCUUCUCUUUACAAUUUUGAGGUGAAAUGUCUUCCUUGCCGUUUCACCGUUUCAGUAUUUUUAUACUAUUAUUUUAGUCGUGACUCUAUGACUAAUUCUCAUGCCAAAAUGACACCGUUGCUGAUUCUGGAAUUUCAAGAGCAAUGAUAAUCAAAGCUAGUCUGCUCCCAGAUUUGUUGUCUUCUUCUGUAGCCUGGUCCCAGAUCUGUUGGCUCCGUCUAUAGCCUAGUCCCAGAUCUGUUGGUUCCGUCUAUAGCCUAGUCCCAGAUCUGUUUUCUCCGUCUAUAGCCUGGUCCCAGAUCUGUUUUCUCCUUCUAUAGCCUGGUCCCAGAUCUGUUGGCUCCGUCUAUAGCCUGGUCCCAGAUCUGUUUUCUCCGUCUAUAGCCUGGUCCCAGAUCUGUUGGCUCCGUCUAUAGCCUGGUCCCAGAUCUGUUUUCUCCUUCUAUAGCCUGAUUCUAGGUCUGUUUGUCCUCUUGCCAACUUCAUUGCUUAAUUUUCAAGCCAAACAUGACAAGAAGUUAGCAUGAUAGCACAAAAAGACUGGCACUAUUUUAUAGAGGGGGAAAAUUAUGACAUUUUAUCAUUUGGAACUCAAGUUAAAACUAAUGAUUUCAAGAUCAACUUUUUUACAAGAAAGGGGACUUUUCUUUAUUCUGUGAGUGUAAUGAUUUCAGUUAAAAUGGGACAGUGCUGUCUAUAUAAAGUACAAUAAUUUUCCACACAGUGCAGUACUACAUUCCUUCCAUUGCUGUGUGUGUUUGUGUUGUAUGUUUUGAAGGAAUUAAGAAGUAAAAGGGCUUUUGUUUA